AUGGCUCCAUUAAAGGUGACAAUUGUUGGAUCCGGAAACUGGGGAUCAGCAAUCGCAAGAAUUGUCGGUGCAACAACGAAGCAGAAUCCGGGAGAAUUUGACUCGACCGUGAAGAUGUGGGUCUUCGAGGAGAUGAUUGAUGGGCGCAAAUUAUCGGAAAUCAUCAACGAGACGCACGAGAACGUGAAAUAUUUGCCCGGAAAAAUUCUUCCCGACAAUGUGGUGGCGGUUCCUGAUUUGCUCGAGUCGUGCCAAGAUGCAAAUGUGCUCAUUUUUGUUGUUCCUCACCAAUUUGUUGGCCGUAUCUGUUCAACACUCAAAGGAAACCUAAAAGCUGAUGGCGUUCAAGCUAUUUCAUUGAUCAAGGGUGUUUCUGUGCGAAAGGAAGGCGGAUUGAAACUUAUUUCUGAAGAAAUUGAGGAAGCGCUCGGCUUGGAUUGCUCGGUUUUGAUGGGAGCCAAUCUUGCGCCAGAGGUUGCAGCCGAUAACUUCUGUGAGGCUACUAUUGGAUGUAAACAAAGGAAGGACCAGGGCCCUAUUCUCAAGAAACUUUUCCACACACCUCACUUCCGAAUAAAUGUUGUCGAAGAUGCUCACACUGUUGAACUUUGCGGUGCUCUGAAGAACAUUGUGGCUUGUGCUGCUGGAUUUUCUGAUGGACUUGGUUAUGGAGACAAUACAAAGGCGGCCAUUAUUCGAUUGGGACUUAUGGAGAUGACCAAGUUUGUUGAGCAUUACUACCCGGGAUCGAAUUUGGAGACGUUUUUUGAAUCUUGCGGAGUGGCUGAUCUCAUCACAACUUGUUAUGGAGGAAGAAAUCGCAAAGUUUGCGAAGCUUUUGUAAAAGCUGGUGGAAAGCCACUGGCUGAGAUUGAGAAAGAGUUAUUGAAUGGUCAAUCGGCUCAAGGUCCACUCACAGCUGAAGAAGUUUAUCUGAUGAUGGAGAAGCAAGGCGGAUUGCAUGAUAAGUUCCCACUGUUCACGGCUGUGCACAAAAUCUGCUCUGGAAAAGUGGAACCGACUGGCCUCAUCGAUUGUCUCCGAAAUCAUCCUGAACACAUGCGUGACUUC